AUGAUGCAAAUAUCCGACACGUACAACCAGAAGCACUCCUUGUUCAAUGCCAUGAAUAGGUUCAUCGGGGCGGUGAACAACAUGGACCAAACGGUAAUGGUGCCCAGCCUGCUGAGAGACUUACCCCUCGAGAUGGAGGAGAAGGACGGAGUCAACAACAGCAAUGGGGCUGCCAACUACUUUGCAAGGAGAGACAUGCACGGUUACUACAUUUUGCUGAAAUCCAUCAGGAAUGACAUUGAAUGGGGCAUCUUGCAGGGAGACGAGCGCAAAAAGGACAAAGUGAGCUCUAUGGAUAUCAGCCGGCUGGAGGAUGCAGAUGGAGAAGAGGAUUUGGAAAAACAGUUCCAUUACCAUCUCACUGGACUUCACACAGUGCUCAGUAAACUCACCAGGAAAGCCAACCUCCUCACCAACAGAUAUAAAGAGGAAAUUGGAUUCGGGAGCUGGGGACAUUGA